AUGAUUCCAGACACCUCUUCUAUCGCCGGCUACACCAUCUUUCGGGAAGAGCCCAACGAUGCCGCUCCCGAUCUGUCUCAGAUUGAGCACACUCACCCUCUUGAUCCCCUCUCUAUUGAUGAGAUCCGCGCCGCAACAAAGCUCAUCCGCGAUCAUGCAAGCCCCAAGACCCUCAAGUUCAAUUGUCUCACCCUGCGUGAACCUAAAAAGGCGGAGUAUGCCGCCUACAAGGCUCGCACCGGCCCUCGCCCUGCUCGUCGCGCUUUCGCCAUUGUGAUUGAGCGCGGAACCGGCCAUGUCGCUGAGGUCAUCGCCAACAUCCGCGAGGGCAAGGUCGAAGAGUGGAAGCCCGUCACUGACGUCGGCCCUACCCUGACUCUUGAGGAUCUCGAUGUGUGCGAAGGCGUCGCCCGCAAGGAUCCCCGCGUCAUUCGCGCUUGCGAGGAGCUCGGAAUCACCGAUAUGGACAAGAUCUUUAUCGAUGCUUGGGCUAUCGGAUUUGACGACCGCUGGGGUUACGAGCGACGUCUUCAGCAGGGCUUGGUGUACUACCGUGCUUCGCCUAACGACAACCAGUACGCUCACCCCCUGGACUUUUCCGUCGUUCUCGAUACCGAGAAGGAAGAGGUCCUCGCUGUGGAUGUUCGUCUCGUCAAUGGCGAGCGAACCAAGAUUCCUCUUGCUUCCCACAACUACAUGCCCGAGUUCAUCGGUGAGAACUACAUUGAUGGCACUCUCAAGCCCAUCAACAUCACACAGCCCCAGGGCGUAUCCUUCCGCAUGCGCGGCAAUGAGAUCUCCUGGGCUGGAUACAAGAUGCACAUUGGCUUCAACUACCGCGAAGGCAUCGUUCUGUCAGAUGUCCGCAUGGAAGACCACCACGAGCAUCGCGAGCGCACUCUCUUCAACAGAAUCAGUGUUGUAGAGAUGGUCGUUCCCUACGGCAACCCCGAUCCUCCUCAUCACCGCAAGCACGCCUUCGACGUCGGCGAGUAUGGAACCGGUCUCAUGACCAACUCUCUGAAGCUGGGAUGUGACUGCAAAGGAGCUAUCCACUACCUCGACGCCGUCAUGGCCACUGGCGAGGGUGACCCCGCUGUCAUCAAGAACGCCAUCUGCAUCCACGAAGAAGACAACGGUCUUUUGUACAAGCACACCGACUACCGCGACGGCAGCGUCAUCUCCGCUCGCGAUCGCAAGCUUAUCAUUUCUCAAAUCAUCACAGCCGCCAACUACGAAUACGGCUUCUACCACACUUUCACACUCGACGGAACAUAUAAGCUUGAGAUCAAGCUUACUGGCAUGUUGAACACCUACUGCAUGCACCCCUCCGAGACAGCUGCUCCCUACGGCACCGAAGUUGCUCCCUCGAUCAACGCCCACAACCACCAGCACAUUUUCUCCCUUCGAGUCGACCCCGAGGUUGACGGGCCCAACAACACGGUUGUUCAGAACGAUGCUCUUCCCUCAGAAGAAGAAGUUGGAUCUCCAGAGAACCCCUAUGGAAACGGUUUCUACUGCAAGAACACACCUUACAAGACUUCCAAGGACGCAUCUUCAAAUUACUGCCACGAGACCAGCCGUUCUUGGGCCAUCACGAAUCCCAACAGCAUCAACCCUUCUGCCAAGAAGCCCGUUGCCUACAAGAUCCUCAACAACAACUGUCCCGCUCUCUUGGCCAAGCCUGGUAGUGUAGUCUACAACCGCGCUGCCUUUGCACGCAAGAGUCUCUGGGUGACGCCUUACAAGGACUACGAGAUCUUCCCCGCUGGUGAUUACGUCUGUCAGUCGACUGGUAUCGAGAACCACCCUCACAACAGCAACAUCAUCGAUUGGGUGAACCGGGACGAACCUAUCGAGAACACAGAUGUCGUGUGCUAUAUCCAGUUUGGAUUGACACAUUUCCCCCGCACAGAGGACUUCCCUGUCAUGCCUGCUGAGCCUGUCAGUGUUAUGCUUCGAGCAUCAAAUUUCUACCAGAAGAACCCCGGUCUGUGGGUUCCCCCUUCAGCGCUUUGUGUUGAUGCUGCUUCGAAGGAUGCUUUUGGUGAGAAGAAGGAAGAGCCUGCUUCUUGCUGUGCUGGCAAGGCGGGGCCUAGGCUUUAG